AUGCCAGCAUUCAGACCGGGGGGGAUAAGAGCCGAAAUUAUUGAGGCGUACCGGCGUGAUCUAGAAAAUGCGGAAGCCAAUUUCGAUGUGCGAUACGCCGCCAAUUCGUGUCCGAAAGAAGACAUCACAGGAUUCACUGCCGAGGAACUGAUCGCCAGGGGCGGGUUCGGUACCGUGUACAAAGCUCGUAAGGACGGGAAGGUCUAUGCCAUAAAAAAACAGCCCAAAGGAGAGCGGCGAGUCAAACUCAUCCGAGAGAAGAAAACGCAAUAUGCUUUCAGCAAUAUCUUUCUCGUGGAGCUAUUGAGCACAUGCACGACCCCUUCCCAAACGUAUAUGAUCAUGGAAUACGCGCCCUACGGUGAUCUCUACAAUAUAGGGAGCAUCCCCCACCCGGAAACGAGACUCAAGGUGCUUCUCGCUCAAGUUGUAUUGGGUCUUGAGUACAUACAUCGCUGUAACCUGAUUUAUCGCGAUUUGAAACCAGCCAAUAUUUUGGUUUUCGGAAAAGGUCUUUUGAAAAUCUGCGAUUUUGGAGUCACCGUGAGGGCGUCCUCAGAACCCCGAGGUCCCUGUGGAACUUUGAGAUUCACUUCACCAGAGAUGUACAGAGACGAGCCUUAUGAUUGCGCAGUGGACUGGUGGGCUCUCGGGAUUAUGAUGUAUGAGCUACUGACCGAAAAAUCCGCCUGCCCCUUCUAUGAGUGCAGCCGUUUGUCGAGAUCCGAGAGGAUAGAACUUAUUUGUCUAACAGAGCCCAAGCAACUUCAGAGUCCUCCGCACUCUGAUCAGGCGAAAGAAAUCAUGGCACAACUUCUGUUCAAAGACUCCAAACGGAGACUUGGCUCGGGCUCGGGCGGUUGCGAAGGCUUGAAAAAGCAUGCUUGGUUCUCAGACAUUGAUUUCGACAAUUUAAUAGUCGAACAGGACUUCCCCCUAAUUGAACUGCCACCCGAAGAACAGAGGACAGGGAAAGACCCAAUUCAUUUCAACGAUGAUGAUCCGCAACCUUCGUGCCCAGAUCCAAAAAAGGACCCUUACGCGCAUUUUUGA